AUGCAUUAGGAACAUAUGAAAAUGAAUAUUUUGAAAUAAAUAAAAGUGGAUACAAAUGACGUUUAUCAUUUGGAUGCAGAAAAGUAUUUUAAGAAAUAAUGCACAUCCUUAGAAAUGAUGCUCAUAUCUCGAAUGAUUACGAAAAUCAAUAAGAGGAAUAAUGAAUAGUUGAGAAUGAUCGCAAUAUCUAAUGAGUUUGUGUAUAACAUAGACAAGAAAUCAAUUAAAAGAAAGAUAGCAAUUAACAAAAUAUUUGGAGUCACAAUAUCAAAAAAGAGUCCAGAGUUUAUUAUACAUGUACCUACAGAAUCUGAUUUAUUGUACAAAUCAUAAGAGAAUAGAGAUGUAUUAGUAUUUUACUUAGCAAUUGCCUUGAAAAUGCACAAUAUAGAUAGCAUCAGAAUAUAUUUUGUAGAAGAUGAGGUCUUACAGCCAUACUGUAUGCAUCAUCAAACUCCUGAUAAAUCAAAGUAAACUAGUUUGCAUCCGAAAUGUUAAAUUAGCACAUUGCACCCUGAGAAUUUCCAAUUAAAUUAUAUCAAUAUUAUGAAUAAGAGUAAGGGAACUGCAAAUGAAGUGAUGGUGCUGUUUGCCAAUGACCCACUCAGAUUGCGAGUCAAAUUAGAGGAGUAUUAGAAAUCAGUAGUCUUAGCUUCAGGAUCUUUGAGCAAGAUCUACUUAUUGCACAAUAAAUACGAAAAAUAAUAACAAUUCUCAGUGCUGAAAAGUGUUCCCAUCAAUUCAGUCGACAUCGACUUGUUGGAGCUGUUUCUCAAGAAUUAUGAGAAAUUGCCAUUCAUAGAGGAAUUGGAGCUGUGUUUGCUCUACAAUGGUAAUGUAAAUUUAAUAUUCAAAUUGGUGAAGGGAGGAGACCUCUAUUAACACUUGAAGGAGAUCAACAAUUUCCAAGAAUAAUAAGUAAAAUAAAUAGUUGCAUAAGUAGCAAUAGCUUUGUCAGAUCUACAUGAGAGGGGAAUAAUAUUUGGAGAUUUGAAACCUGAGAAUAUUUUGAUUGACGAAAGAGGGUAUGUAUGUUUAACUGACUUCGGAUAUGGCAAAUUGAGAAUGUACUAGGAAUUCAAGAAAACUUAAGCCAUCAAUUUCACUAUUGAAUAUUCAUCCCCAGAAUACAUCAAGAAUGGGGAACUAACUAGAAUGUCAGAUUGGUAUAGUUUGGGCAUUCUAAUUUAUGAAUUGUUGGUAGGCAUAACACCAUUCUAUCACAACAAUUUCGACAUAGCCUUGAAGCUCAUUCUCAAAGGUGAAGUGCAUUUCCCCAGAAAUAUAGUUUGUUCAUCAUAAUGUAAGGACAUCAUCUAAAAAUUGAUAAAUCAUGAUAGUACACAUCGAUUGGGAUUUCUCAUGGAUUUUAAGGAAUUGCAAAGUCAUCCUUGGUUUCACGACAUUUCUUGGGAGGAUUUGGCCUAGAAAAAAUAUGAUACUCUUGCAUACAUACCAUAAUUCAAUGAGAUAUCACAAAUAUCAGAUAGAUAUUUUACUAUGGAAUAAUUAAACGAAGAUGAAAGAAGUUGGUGA